AUGUCUGGCACCGCAGAGAUACGCCUUGACUACAUACCGCUCGUUGAGACGGUCGCAAACCUACCGCUCCCAACGUGGGAUGGAGGCGCGAGGCAGACGGCGCUUCAGGCUAUUCAGCAAGGGCUCACGGAAAUUGGAUACCUACGGCGUACUCACCAGCUCACUGACCAGAUUUUGACCUCACCUUAUUCUAUCGCUCUUGAUGCCGGUAUUGAGAAUGGAUAUACCUAUCAUUCCUCGAUCAUGCUACAUGUUGCUCAGCUGUCUUCGCAUCCCGGGGAACCUUUGUCGUUGCGGAUCGGCCAUUCGUUCGUCAAGACGUAUUUUGGAUUGUCGGGAGGGGUGUCGGAAAGGGUUGAGUACCCUACGCUUCGAAGCCAGGUACUGUUCUUCAAUACGGAAAAUCCUGUGAAUAGAAUUGUGAGCGGACAGCUUACUGAAGAAGAAACGCACCUACAGGGUAAUAAUACGGCGCCGACAGGCAUUCACGCACCUCCGGUCAUUGAAGCGAUAGAAAUCGACUCACCAGCUCCAACUCUACAGUUACCGGAAGACAACGAACUUGAGGACCAGGAGCGCGAAGGACCUAUGGUUGGACCAGUGUCAGUACAGGCAAAUGAAGGGAUAGGGUCGGUGCGUUUUCAGAGGCUGCUUGAGAGGAUCGAGGCGAUUAGAAGGGAAAGGGAAGGAAGGGUUUUGAAUGAAAGGGAGGGAGACUGGAUGGAAGGUGACGAGAGGCGUCAGAAUAUAGGUCAGGGGGACGGACCUUUCAACGAUGGAACCAUUGAUCCUGGACUGCUCAUGGCAGAAAUCUCAGAGCCUCCUUUUCAUCGGCUUGUCGACUCCUAUAACUCCACUCCUGCUCCGAACAACUCUCGCGAGGCAUCGGUCUUGCUCUUGGAAUGCGCACCAGCUAGCAUGCAGAGAGAGCCGGUAGCGACGAGGGAAGGAUUCCUGGAAAACAGAUCAGUAGGACAGAGGGAAGAAGAAGGGACUCACAGCUCAGACGACAGGCAGGCAGCCGCGUUUGUUAUGGCGCGUGGGGAGUACGCUUCAGUGGAUUUGAGAGAUCAGUAUGGAAGGCAGGCCGCGUUUAUCCCUUCAUUAGCGGCACCUGAAGUGCUUUCAGCCGGUGACGACCAGCCUCAGUUCGUCCGUAGGGGAAGCUUUGUUGAGGUGGCCAGUACGGGUGAAGUGGUAGCAAGGCUUGACGAGGCACCGAGCAGUUUCCCUGAUGCGGGGUACCUAUCCGACAUCGCUCACACACAUCCCGUUACUUUCUUUGAACUUGCGGAUCAAACGGUUGUCGGCUACUCACCUAAUAUGGUGCCGAACAUCCCUAUCUUUCCUUUUAUCCCUGGCGCUUCGUACUUGCUGGCUCUAGCUCAUGCAACAAUCGCAGUGGUUGUCUUCUGGAGAAGAAGGAUCCAGCGCUUGGUCCUGCGAGUAAAAAAGAACUUUGAAGAACGGGAGGAGGAGGCGUCAGAGGAGGAAAUAAUAGAGAAGGACUCAGAGGUCCAGAGGGAAUUAAAGCACCCGUGUGUUAUCCAUCUUCUUGAUACACCUGGAAGUCACUCGGAUUUUGCAAGUUUGCUGGUGCAUCCACGAGACUGGAGCCCACUCUUCACGGUGGAAGAGGGCGCAUUCUUCAGGACGACCAUCGAUUACUUCAGGCUCGUUGGAAGGUGGGAUUUUGCUGAGGCUCUGCAUACGCUGCUAGGACUCCAUUUUGCAGAUGACGACAUUAUACGGUGGCUAGUCAACAGCAACCUCGCGGAUCCACAGCGCAGCACUCACCAAGAUCUUUACGACAAUUCCUUUCGGCGCGCAGAAGCGAAGGUCCACGCGCUCAUCCUGCGUGAGGAUCCCUGGUAUGCAUACCCUGGGGAAAAUUCUUCAGAGGUUAGUGAGAUUGAUUAG